AUGGGUCGGUUCUUCCGCGCUGGGGGCUCAAUGCAGGCGAGGUCUCGACUAAAGAAAUCAAUUCCUGCUUCUCAUGAACGAUUUCAAACCGCACUGGACGAUUUGUCCGAGCAGAUAUUCAUGGCCAAAGCUUUUCUCGAAAGAGACUAUGAGGAACUACGAGCUACGAGAGCAGCAUUGCAGCCUGCUGAGGACGUAGUGAUGGAGGAGCCUGACCAAAGAUUGGGAUCUGAAGCUGCACCUGAAUCGCCUCGGAAAGAAGAAAUUGAACCAGAGACGGAACAGGCUGAUGUCAAAGCGGCAGAAGAGCCUGUUACCACACAUCAGCCUUCUGGGGCCGAGCAGGCUCAACCAGAAGCAGCUGAGAAACCGGUAAAGGUGGAAAAGGAGGAUGAACCGACUCCAGUGCCUGAUCAACCAAUGCACGGCGCCACAGAUAUUAACUUUGACUCGGUACUUCCUGACACCGGAGGCGGGCCCAAUGAAUUUGACCUUCACCUUGAUUUUGGCGAUGAUGAUAUCGGCAACCAGAAUUUCCUGUCUGGGUCAGGCCUAGGCAGUGCUGGCAUGGGCGGGGAGCCAAGCGCUGAUCAGCCCGGGGCUCUCGACUCGGCAUUUCCUGAGGCGGGCGAUGACGGCGGCAACAUCCCCAGCGGAGGGGAUGCGUUUGACUUGGAGUUCCAGAAGGCUGACACCUUCCCAGGCCAGGGCCAGCCUGCAGAUGGGCAGACGGGCAACAAUGCAGACGAUGUGAUAGGCCCGGGUGAAUCAAGUUUUGAUGACCUUUUCAUGGAGAAUGAGAAUUUUGGCGGUGACGGGCUUGGGGGUCAGAACCUGCUGGGGGAUGAGCUCAUGAACAUCAACGAGUUGGAUGAUAGCUGGUUUAGUUGA